CGAGCAGAAUUGAGAUUUUUUUUAUUUUAUUUUUUUGGAUGAGAUGUCAUGUUGCUGAAGUUUUGUCAGGUUUGUGGUUUCUUUUGGAACAGCUGAAACACUGGGCUUGAUUUUUCAGAUGUCCUUGUGAAAGUGUGUGCGUGUAUCUGGAAGGCGUGUCCCUGGUUCCCUCCCCCACCCCCAACCCCACCCCCAAGGUCUGUGGCCUCCGCGCCAGCGUUCAUCCUUCAGUCCCACGCUGGAAGUUUUGCUGGCAACAUGAGUGGCCGUGUUGGAGAAUUGAGCGCCAAACAAGCGGAUUCACUCACGCAGUUUCGUUACCGAAUCGGGGACAUCCUUCCUGAACUUCCGGCCCAACACGACCACUACCUGCUACGCUGGCUGCGAGCCAGAAGCUUCAGUGUCCCCAAAGCUGAAUUGAUGAUCAGGAAGCAUGUGGAAUUCCGAAAAAACAUGAAGGCAGACACCAUCAUUUCUGACUGGACUCCACCCGAGGUGAUCACGCGCUACGUGUCGGGCGGCAUGUGCGGCCACGACAAGGACGGCAACCCCAUCUGGUACGACGUGUUGGGUCCGCUGGACCCCAAAGGGCUCCUGAUGUCGGCCAGCAAGCAGGAUUUCCUGAGGACCAAGAUGAGGAACAUGGAAAUGCUGCAGAGGGAAUGUCAAAAGCAGUCGGAGAAGUUGGGUGUGAAUGUGGAGUCAGUCACGCUGAUCUACGACUGCGAGGGUCUGGGCUUUAAGCACCUCUGGAAGCCCGCCAUCGAGACAUACGGCGAGAUCCUCACCAUGUUUGAGGACAACUAUCCGGAGGGGCUCAAGAGAGUCUUUCUCAUCAAAGCUCCCAAACUAUUUCCGAUGGCAUACACUUUGAUCAAGCACUUCCUGUCCGAGGAGACGCGGCACAAACUCAUCAUUCUUGGAGGCGACUGGCAGGAAGUGCUUCGUAAACACGUGGACGCCGAGCAGCUUCCGGUGGUGUACGGCGGAACUCGGACCGACCCGGACGGAGAUCCUCGCUGCAGAACAAUGAUCAACUACGGCGGCAUUGUGCCACGGUCGUACUACAUCCAGAACUCGAUUAAGGUCCAGUACGACACCAGCGUGACCGUCAGCCGCGGCGCCGUCUUACAGCUGGACUACCACGUCACUGCCCCUUGCAGCCUGCUCAGGUACGUGACUAAUCGCAAAGUGGUGCUUUGCUGCCAUCUUGUGGCAUUUACUGGGAAUUUAAAUCCUUCCUUGGGAGUUCAGCUCAUUACUUCCAGAUGUUCCCUAUUUGUUUACCCCUGUAGUUCCUUGGCACCAAGGGAACACAAGAUGCCACCAAAGCACUACUUUUAUAUUAAACCUCAGCAUACAAGAUAUUUCUGUAAGUUACACGCCACAGGUGGCAGUUCACCAGCGACGGGGCCGACAUCGGCUUUGGGGUGUACCGACGCACGGCGCCGGGUGACCAGCAGAAGAUGGCGGACAUGUUGCAGGUGGUCCCCAGCCAACGUUACAAUGCGCACCUGGUGCCCGAGGACAAUAUGAUCACCUGCCCCGAACCGGGAGUGUACGUUUUGUGUUUCGACAACAGCUACAGCGUGCUGCACUCCAAGCGGGUCAGCUACACGGUGGAGGUGCUUCCUCCGUCGCCGUGACGACCAAUGACGAGGACCCUACCGCAGGGACACGCCGCGGAACGUUUGCAUUCACCUGACUUUCAUUGAUUGUGACGCUGGGAAUGUUGCCUGUCGCGUGCUUUGUUAGGGACACCUGAGCUCGCGGGUGUGCCUAAUGGCAUGGCCUCCAAGCGUACAUUUGGUUAGGACGCUGACGGCGAUGCCGCAAAAUUGUCAACGACUGCUCUGUUUAAUUUAUGCAGCAGUUGUGUCUACAUUGCACAUAAUUGAGUUGCUCUCGCCUGUCAAUCGGGAAUUUUUAUCACAACAAGUUGACAUCAAAAAUAAGAGCACAAACAAUAAAUGGACAGAAAGAUAAAGUA